AUGUUAUUCGAAAAUAAUGUCAAUUCGAAGGAGCCAACAGAUGUAACAAUAGCCAGGAAAGUAUGGAUUACUUCAUCCGAACCCUUAUCUGAAAUAGUAGAUCUACUUCCAGCAAAUAAGGGUAGACUGUCGUUAGUAACUUCUUUAAUCAAAGCUUAUGAAUUAGACCGUAAAUGUCAAGAUAUAAUUGGGGUGACACGAAUUAAAAGACAGGAUUUAGAGUCUUUUCACGGGAAACAAUUCCUAUUUGUAUUACUAAAAAAAAGAUCAUAUAUUGAUGUUAAUUCACCAGGCUUAAAAAGGAUACAGGAGGCUUUACAAAUUGGAGAGUUCAAAGAUACACCAAAAGUUCCGGCGCUAGCACCCGAGGAAAAUAUUGAUAUAGUUAAAUUGGGGAACGAACUUGGAGAGAAGUAUAAUAGAAAACAGGAGAGUGAUUCGAAUGAUAGCGGGCUGGAAUUGAGUGACUCCUUUGAUGAAAUAACACCGUUUGAAGAUGCAGAAACUCAAGAAGAAGAUAAUGCAGAGCUUGAAACCUACGGUUUACUACACGAUUGCUAUAUAUUUCCGUUUAUGUCAGAAUAUGUGAAUUUGGUUGCCGCAUCAAGUAUUCAAGCAGCGACUAGGCUAACCAAAGAAAGGAAAGAUAACAGGGCACAGAAUAUAGUGAUAAAUUGGUAUGGCGGUAGACAUCACUGCAAGAAAAACAAAGCAGCGGGCUUCUGCUAUAUAAAUGAUAUUGUGCUAUCCAUUAAUGUCUUACGUCGUAAUUAUCGAAGAAUAUUUUAUCUUGAUUUAGAUUUGCAUCAUGGAGAUGGAGUUGAAUCUGCAUUUGAAUUUUCUAAAAAUGUUAUGACUUGCUCCAUACAUAGGUAUGAUAUCGGUUUUUAUCCCGGGACGGGGUCCUUGUCAACCACACAGAAAACAAAGGUUAAUAUACCUGUUAUGAGGGGGUUGGGUGAUAGCAAUAUGUUACGAAUUGUACGAGAGAUAGUCCUUCCCCUUAUCAAGAACUUUCUGCCUGAUGUAUUAGUGAUUCAAGCUGGAUGUGAUGGUCUAUCAACGGACGAACAUAAGGAGUGGAAUAUGACAAUAAAAGGUUAUGGAAAGGUGUUAAGUUUUCUAUUGAAUGCUGUUGGUACUACUUCCGUCAUGAUAUUGGGUGGAGGGGGUUACAACCACACCGAAACUGCGAAGUGUUGGACUUAUCUUACUAGUAUUGCCCUUGGUGAAGAAGACUGUGAAGAAUGGGAUUUGAUUCCUGAUCAUAAAUAUCUUGACGCUUAUCAGGAUUGUGGCUUUCGAUUUUGGACAAAUGAAAAUUCAAGUUAUACGAAAUUGAUGAAAGAUGAAAAUGAUCAGGAUUAUAUCGAACAAAUUAAAGGUUAUAUUCUAGAUAAAUGUAUAUAG